AUGCUACCGUUUGGUGGGUCUCCAGCAUUCCCACCCUUAGUAAAUUUGCCAUCUGCAGCUGCAUCUCAAGCUACAUAUCUACAGCAGCAAGUUAUGAUGCCACCAUUGCAAAGAAUACCUAUGAUGGCAGUGGGCUCAACAACAGCUCAACUUCAACUUCCGCAGGUAUCAGUAGCCUCACCUGUAACUACUCCACGACCAAUGCUUGUUCCACCACAGAUGCAAAUGGAAAUUGCUGCGGCUAAUGCUGCGCAGGCACCUCGUACUCCAUCCACAAAUUCUGCUUCGGUAACUAGUGACGUUUGGUCAGAACAUACAGCAUCUGAUGGACGUGUGUAUUAUUAUAAUAAAGUUACAAAACUAUCAUCAUGGCAAAAACCUGACGAGCUGAAAACUCCAGAAGAGAAAAAAAUAGCCGCUGCAAAGUUAUGGCGUGAAUACAAAACGUCUGAAGGACGUCCUUACUAUUAUAAUAUAGAAACAAAGGAAUCAACGUGGAUUUGUCCAAAAGAUUUCGACCCUGCAACCGUGGCAAAAGGUGCGAAGAAUGGAUCAGACCAGAAAGGAAAUGAAACAUCAAAAGCUGAAUCACAAAAUGAUGGAGAAUCGGAAUUAGAGAAAGCAAUGCUGGCGACACUGAAGUCACUAGAACAGCCGAAUGAUCAGACAGAUAGUGCAAAGGAAAUUGCAGACGGAGGGAAACCUCAAGAAAAAGAUAUGAAACAGAGACAGAGUGAUAAAUUUCGAGAACUUCUUCGAGACAAGUACAAUGAUGGAAAGAUAUCGUCCACCAGUUCGUGGGAACAAGCAAUGAGGUAUAUCCAACAUGACUCAAGAUUUCGAGUAUUAAAUAAAGUCAGUGAGAAAAAACAAUUAUUUAAUGCCUGGAAGGUACAGCGUCAAAAAGAAGAAAGGGAUGAGAAACGCCUUGCUAUUAAAAAAGCGAAAGAAGAUUUGGAAAGGUGGCUACACAAUAAUCCAAGAGUCCGGCCAUCAAUGCGUUAUUCUAAAGCGGAAGUGCUUUUUGCAGAUGAACUUGUCUGGAAGAUCGUCCAUGAAAGCGAGCGAAAAGAAAUUUAUGCAGACGCAUUAGAAUUCAUUGAUAAACGUGAAAAAGAAAAUGCAAAAAACAUCCGACGCAGAAAUGUUCAAGCUUUGGCUGAUAUCUUGGAAGGAAUGGAAGAAAUAACGUAUCGAACAACAUGGGCUCAAGCUCAGCGUCUCUUGAUCGAGAACCCUUCAUUUGCUAAUGAUAGCACAUUGCAAAAUAUGGAUAAAGAAGAUGCGCUCAUAGUUUUUGAGGAGCAUAUACGUACUGCUGAAAAACAUUAUUUGAAAGAGAAAGAUAUGGAGGAACGUCGUAGACGUCGACAAGAGAGAAAGAUACGUGAAGCUUUCCAGAUUUAUCUUAUAGAGUUGCAUAAACGCGGUGAAUUGACAUCAAUAUCAUUAUGGAGUGAACUCUACCCUGUUAUUUCGGCGGACUCACGUUUUGAUAAUAUGUUGAAGCAGUCGGGAAGUACACCUCUUGAUUUAUUCAAAUUUUAUGUAGAGGAUUUAAAAAGCCAAUUUGGUCAGGAUCGACGAGUAAUAAAAGAAAUUCUGAAGGAUCUUAAUGUAGCAGUUGAAGUAGGUACCACAUUUGAUCAACUUUGCAACUGGAUAUCUUCUGAUGAGAGAGGUAAGGCUGUUGAUCCCGGUAAUAUGAAACUUUGUUAUCAUUCCCUGGUGGAAAAAGCAGAAGCUAAAGAAAAAGAACAGGAGCGAGAAGAAGCACGAAAGAGAAGACGGCAUGAAACAUCAUUUCGAAACAUUCUACGAAAUUUGGUUCCUCCAGUGGAGCCAAAUUCAACUUGGGAGGUUAUACGACCGAAGAUUGAAAAUGAAGAAGCAUUUUUAGCUGUUGAGACCGAGCAACUCAGAGAGAAAUUUUUUUUCGAUUACACCCAGAAUUUGGCAGAGGCCUGUGGUCAUCAUCAUGGUUCAAAAAAGAAAAAGAGGGAUAAGAGAAAACGUCGAAAAGAAGAGGCAAGCAUUCCUCUCUAA